ACGUUGAAAUACUUUUUUUUUUUUUUUCCGCCUCCUUUUCGCGUGGCGGUGGGUUCUCCUCUCUUCUUCUUCGUUCACCUGCGAUCAGCGGAUGCAAGUCACACACGCUCCCUCCCCUCCCUCCCUCUCUCUCUCCAAGUUAGCAGCAAAGAACAAAAAAAAAAUAGCUCCGUUAAGGAUAAGAGCGGGAGCGGAGGGGUGUGCGCGCGUCUGCCGGGGAGCGCCGGCGAGCGGAGGACACCGCCGACGGCUCCGCACACUCCUCCCGCCGCGCCAAGUGAAGCAGCAAGUUUGCCGUGCACCUGUUUGAGCAGCUCGAACCCCCGUCGCCGCCGAGCCCCGAAAGUGAUUUGCGAAAGGGAGAAAGUUUUUUUUUUUUUUUUCCGCCGGCAGGGUCUCCGAUCGCUCUCCUGCUCUCCUCGCGGUUUUCUUCUCCUCCUCCUUUUUUUUUUUUUUUUUUUUUUUUUUUUUUUUUUUUUUUUCGGCACGGCGGUCGCUACCUAGAUACAAACGGGUUUCGCCUCGCUCGCUCCCCGGCGUCCCGGGCUCCUCUAUGUUUGAUUCAUUUUUCACGUCUGGCACCGGUGGAAAAUAAAAAAGCUAUUUGAAUGUACAGCAUGAUGAUGGAGACGGACUUGCACUCCCCUGGCGGAGCCCAGGCCCCCACGAACCUCUCGGGGCAGACCGGAGCGGGAGGCGGCGGAGGCGGCGGCGGCGGCGGGGGAAACAAAGCGAACCAGGACCGGGUCAAGAGACCCAUGAACGCCUUCAUGGUGUGGUCGCGGGGCCAGAGGCGGAAGAUGGCCCAGGAGAACCCCAAAAUGCACAACUCGGAGAUCAGCAAGCGCCUGGGGGCCGAGUGGAAAGUCAUGUCGGAGGCCGAGAAGAGACCGUUCAUCGACGAGGCGAAGCGGCUGCGAGCGCUGCACAUGAAGGAGCACCCGGAUUAUAAAUACCGGCCACGGCGGAAGACCAAGACCCUGCUCAAGAAGGACAAGUACUCGCUGGCCGGGGGGCUGCUGAGCGCCGGCUCGGCCGGGGGAGGCCCGGCCGGCGUCGGCGUGGGCAUGGGCGUCGGCGUCAGCCCGGGCAGCGUCGGGCAGCGGCUGGAGAGCCCCGGCGGCACGGCCAGCGGCGGCUACGCGCACAUGAACGGCUGGGCCAACGGCGCCUACCCGGGCUCGGUGGCGGCGGCGGCGGCGGCGGCGGCGAUGAUGCAGGAGGCGCAGCUCGCCUACAGCCAGCACCCGGGCAGCGGGGGGCACCCGCACCACCCGCACCCACAUCACCCGCACCACCCGCACAACCCGCAGCCCAUGCACCGCUACGACAUGGGUGCCCUGCAGUACAGCCCCAUCUCCAACUCGCAGGGCUACAUGAGCGCCUCGCCCUCGGGCUACGGCGCCCUGCCCUACGGCUCCCAGCCCCAUCAGAACUCGGCUGCGGCGGCGGCGGCGGCGGCAGCGGCGGCGGCCGCCUCCUCGGGUGCGCUGGGUGCCCUGGGCUCGCUGGUGAAGUCGGAGCCCAGCGUGAGCCCGCCCGUCACCUCUCACUCGCGGGCCCCGUGCCCCGGGGACCUGCGGGAGAUGAUCAGCAUGUACUUACCGGCCGGGGAAGGCGGGGAUCCGGCGGCCGCUGCCGCCCAGAGCCGGCUCCACUCCCUGCCCCAGCACUACCAGAGCGCCAGCACGGGGGUGAACGGCACCGUUCCUUUGACGCACAUCUGAGCCCCCGCCAGCACCGGAGCGCCGGAGGCAGGCACGGACGCGGGCACCGGCUCGGCCACCGCCCCCGGCCCCGGGCCGGCCUGCAGGACUGCGCGCCCCGCCGCUGCCACCGCACGCUCAGCCCCGGCCGCUGCCCGCGCCCCGGCCCCGCGCCGCUCCUGCCCCGCUCCCAGGUUCCCCCCUCUUAUUUUUGCCUCUCGCGCUCCUUCCCUCCCGCCCUCCCCCGCCUCUCUUUUUUUUUUUUUUCUUUCUUCCUUCCUUUUUGUACAGAAAUGUUUUGAUGUUCUUGUAAUAAUAAUAAUAAAUAAUAAUAAUAAUAACGAGAGAGAAAAAAGGUAACGGUUGCUUUACUUACCUUUUUUUUUUAGAAGGACUAGUUUAUAAAACUAGUUUUAGACUGAACUUCUGUGUUUUAUCGAGACUUUUUGUACAGUAUUUAUCAUUCAUCCAAGAGACAUAGAGCGUUUAUUUGCAAAAGAGGAGAAAGAAAGAGAGAAAGGGGGGAAACGGCAGCGAAAAGAAAAAAUACCAAUAAUAAACACACAAAGUUGUAGGUGAUGCCAACUUUUAUACCGCGCGGAACAGCUACGAUUUCAGUCACGGAUCGCUUCUUGCGAAGAUUUUUUAUUGACUAAUUAACUCGAAGUUGAUGAGGAAACAGUUCUCAUUUAUUACUCAUGUACUAAGACAAAUCCAAAAGAAGACUUAAAAGUUUUUUGUAGAUAUUCUCGAGGGUUUUUUGGGUUUGGGUUGGGGUUUUUUUCUUACUUGUUUGUUUAUUUAUAAAACUUUUUUUUUUGUUUUGGAAGCUCCAUUUUUUUUUCCCCGGGAUUCGUAAAACUUUAUUGUAUCUGGAUAUUUUUGUUUGUUUGCUUUCUCUUUCAUUUCAUUUUCUUUUUGUAUCAUUUCUUGUAAAUGCAUUGUGAAAUAAUUUUUAUUUAGGCGGUACGAAGGAAAUCAGAUUGUGUAUAUAGUUCACUAAAAAGCCUUUCUGCUAAACGGAAAUCCUAAGGAUGCGGUUCUUCUUUUUUUUUUUUUUUUUUCCCUGUUUUAAUUAAAUAAAUUUCAAAGCAGAAAAAGUCACCUGUAUAAAAAGAAAAGCUAACUGGCGAGCAUAGUGAGAUUUACCAUGGUAAGCCUGGAAACACAGCAGGGAAAUUUUGGGAAGGAAGUUUUAAGUAGCGGCAAACAGAACGAAGUGCAAUCUGCAGUAAAUGUCGAUGUUCCCUAACCUAUGUCGAUCAGAAGGGUGAAGGUAGAUUUAUUUUGAUACUGCAAGGCAAGGCAAGCGUUACUCUUCAGCCGUGAACGUUCGUUUUGUGGAUUUUAUGGCUGGACUGGUGGUCCGGACCUUGCCGGAGCCUUGACUUUUCCCUGGGGGGUGAUCGGGCGCUGCCCGCCCCUGUCGCCUCGGGCCCCCACUCGGCCGGGAGUUCCCGGCGGCCCGGGGAACGCGCACCUCCCCGGGAAAUGAGAAGACACCGUCCAGCGCGGCGCUUCCCCUCUAAUUGACACCAUAGAAAGUGAAAGCGCUUCUUUUUGCUCGUAACGAAAAGAAAAGCGACCUCUAAACCUCCCGCCCGAAAAGCAGUCCCAUCCACCCGGAGCAUUCCGGGGGCGAGCGGGGAGCGGGGAGGUCACACCUUUCUCCCCAUUCCCCCGCCUCCCAUUUUUAGCGACUGGUGCGAAAGCUGGCGAGCAAAACGAUGCGUGUCAUUUCAUUGCAGAAUGUUGUUUCAUGCUUUGAGAUCUAAUUUAAUUUUUUUUUCUAGCUGUUGAGAGAUAAUCUUCUAUAUGUUAGAAUUAAAAGUUUGCUGUAAACUACUGUAGCAAAUGAAUUUUUAAAGUAGUCAUAACUGCUUAAACAAAAGGAAAAAUGAUUAACUUUCAGGACUUCAAUGUCGACCCCAGUAGGCUGUAGGACUCUUCGUCCUUUAGCUCUGGUGAAUAAGUACUGCAUCCGUCCAGGAGUGGGGAAGUUUUAGUUAGCUAAUGAGGGUUUGCUUAGUGAUUGCACUUCUAUAAUGCUGACAUGUCAAUUGACAUACAUAACUCUUCGGACUCCUGUCGAUGAUUUUGUAUAAAUCACUCAUACUGAACCCAAAAUUUUCACGGAAGCUGCCCAUUGAUUUCAGCCCAAACUUUUUUUUUUUUUUUUUCUCCUUUUCUUUUCUUAACUAUUCGAGCCUUUAUUAAAAUGUAGGACUGUGCGGGUUCAGACAGUUAGCAGACGGGUUUUGGGAAUGCUCAGCGACCAAAGAGUGCAUACAGAAAGCAGAAACCUGUGGGAAACUUUCUGCGGUGUUGAUCACCUCCAGCCAAACAGAGUCUUAGAUGAGAUUUUAAAAAUUAAUAGCUGUACCUUUAGGUAUGCAGAUUAAGCUGGGUACCUGUUGAACUGUUUCUUUAAACGUGUUGUCCUUCAUGUGCAUAUACUCGUAAAUAUCUGUACACACCAUAGAUAGCAUCGUGACCGAAGAGAAGUAAGUGUGUGUUUGUGUGUGUGUGUGUACCCAUGUGCACAUGCAGACACAUAUACGUUUGAUGCACUCUUGUUACGUGCCUUUUUCUUUAAGGGUCAUAGCUGUUGAAAAUCACAUUUAAUGACAAUAUAGAACAGAAGAAUACUGUAUCGCUGAACAUGGCUGAUGGAACAGGAUUGGAGUGGUCAAGAGAGAAUAGCAAAUAAACAUCUGUUAACUUGCGUCCAAACAGCAGAAAUACUAUGGGGAAGUGCUUUUUUUUUUUCUAAAAAAAAACAAUUUAGCGGCUCAGUGGCGUUAUGCCUAGAAUAAUAGGAAUACCUGCACUUUCAACACAAGGGGAUUAAAGAGACCCAAUAUCGGCUAUAUUCAAAUAAGCUUCAAACACCCUCAGCUCGCCUUUCAAUGCAAUACAGUUCGCUCUGCAAAUGUCCACCCAAAAAAAACCCCAAAAAACAAACCUAAAAAGCAAACCUUCCUAAAAAAAAAAAAAAAAAAAAAAAACCAAAACAAAACAAACAAAAGAAAAUGAAAAAACCCGAACAACACACAAAACCCCAAACAAACUAACAAAAACCCCUUCCGAUCUCCACGAAAUACCACAUACUAUCCCACCCCCUUGAGACACCAUCGGGGUAGAAUUUUUUUUGCUGUUCGUGGUCUAUUGGUUGGUUUGGCAGUUCAGUUUAAUUUGAGUUAAACUUCACGUUUGGAUAUUUAAACAGAACAACUUUCCUAGGCAGAUGAGUUGGGGUUAGGUACAGUCACAUAAUUAUGUCUUCGGGCUUUUUGCUAUGAGAGUUAUAUAUAAGAGAAUAAUUGAAUAUGCAAAACUAAGAAUAGGUUUAAGCGAUUUAUGGUUUAAGUACAUUACAUCUAAAAUUGUAUGAAAUGUUCCUCCUAUAGCAUGAUUGACAGAGCUAUUAAAAUCACGUAUGUGGAAGAAUUAAAGCAAAAAGUCAUCUCGUUUUCAGUAAAA